AUGGUGAAUAUGAAAGAUGAUGAUAAAACAAUGGCUGUCGUGGAAUUAGCGAAGGUUUGCAAGCAUCUUGGACUACUGUCCUACAUACAUCCUACCAUGUUGGCUUUUAAUAGCACUGCCUCUAAUUGGCCUACUUUCUCCUUCAUUGGUAUUCCUGGUCUGGAGGCUGCACAUAUAUGGAUCUCCACCCUCUUCUGUGUCCUGUACCUCAUAGCCCUUGUGGGUAAUGCUCUUCUGCUUAUCCUAGUUACAGCAGAGCAGAAUCUUCAUGAACCUCAGUUCUAUUUUUUGGCCGUGUUUGCCCUUACUGACCUAGGCCUUUCGUUGUCUACAAUGCCUAGUGUCUUGGCUGUCUUCUGGUUUGAUGCUCGCCAUGUUGGCCUGGAUGCCUGCCUAACCCAAAUGUUCUUCAUCCACACGCUGUCCUCAGUAGAAUCAGGUGUCCUGGUGGCCAUGGCUUUUGACCGUUUGGUAGCUAUCUGUGCUCCACUAAAUUACAACAGGAUCCUCACCCACUCUACUGUUGCCUGCCUUAGUGGAGCUGCCCUCGUACGAGGUGCCACUCUGCUGGCUCCUCUGCCUUUUUUCCUUAGGACCUUUCCUUUCUGUGGGGCCAAUAUCCUCUCACACUCUUAUUGCUACUAUCCAGAUGUGCUGAACCUGGCUUGUGGGGAUGUCUCUUUCAGCAGUGCCUAUGGAUUUGUUUUUGUACUCUGCACGUUUGCAGUGGAUGUGGUCUUCAUCUUAGCUUUGUACGUGAAGAUCUUGGGCACUAUUAUGAAGCUGGAGACUCAAGACAGAAACUGGAGAUCAUUGCACACCUGUGCCUGUCACCUAUGCACGGUGCUUGUGUUUUACCUGCCCCUCAUCAGCUUGGCAAUGCUGCAUCGCUAUACCCAGGACACUUCUCCAAUUCUAUACACCACCAUGAGUAAUGCCUACCUCCUCAUGACACCACUGCUCAACGCUGUCGUCUACAGUCUCAAAUCCCGGCCAAUCCAGGCUGCCCUGCACAAGUGAUUUUGGGUGCAACGUGUUAUUGCUGGGGAAUGA